AUUUCCCGCGCGAUUGAUUCCCGGUGAGAUCGCGCCGAGUUUGCGACCGGCAUUAUAUAUAGACUAUCGAUUGCGCCGCCUAACCUUUGAGUGAGAAAAAGAGCGUAACGAGGAUGAGGAGCGCGGAUAAGUACGUCCGAGAUGUUCGAGCGUCAGUCAUGCUCGUCGAUUAAAAGCGAAUGCACCAGGUCAACUGUUAUUGAAGAUCGACCGCUUCGCCGCGUUCCGCGUUCCGCGUAAUCGUGCCACUCGUACCAAGAUCACGCGAUGCGCGAUCGAAAUUAACGAAACCGUUAUACUAAUUUGUAAAAUACCGUCGAGUGUUCAGAUCAUGUGUGAUCCACAAAUGUCGAUUUAUUAAUUAUAUUACUUCCGGUUGAUGAACGGUAAACGGUGCAUUGCUAAGUGUGGGCUGGUGUGUCAGUGUUUUUUUUUUUAUCAGUGACAGAUUGCGAUGCAUAAUUUUAAAAUUUUUGAUUGCCAGCAGAGUAAAUAAAUGUCAUAAUUUGAUUGCUCGGCUGUUUGAUCGUUUGACAGACAAUUUUGUUAUUAUCCACUUUUGGUUAUCAAUAAAAAAUCUUAUAAUACGCAGUGUUAUGCAGGUUAAAUAGAAUAUCGAGGGCACGGUAGUUAUAUUUGGUGAAAACAAUGAAAAUUCGAUGAGCCCGAAUGCCAUUAUGGUUGAAAGGCGAAAGCAGAAAUAGCACGUUCGUGCGAAUCGACUUGCACGAUCACAACGAGCGCAACAGUCGACGUUUGUUAUAUUCGAAGUAGGGCACGAUGCAAGUGACAUAAAUCAAUUAGCAAUAAUAAAUAGCUAAUACCAAAUUAAAUUAAUAGCAAUUAAUUAGUUAAAAGCAGUGACAUUUAAAUAAUAAUGAAAUUUAUCUAAAAGUGAUUGUGUAACACUAAAAGAUUCUGCGCGUGGAACGCGCAGGAACACGUAUAAGCGUUUAUUUAAAACGGAAAAUAAAAUUUUAAACUUUUAAAGUCAUCUCGCAGUGCCGAAUUUUGAGUAAAAAAAAUCAUCAUGGAAGUCGAAGUUGUACCUUUCGUUGAUAAUAACGGCAAGAAGGACACGCCACGACGGGGUAGCAGAGUGCAAAUUGUUCAGAAAAAAGGAACGUCGCUCUUCAUCAUCAUGAGCUUCAUCUACUCGAAGCUGCUCAUAGUCGUGUGCAUCGCCUACGUGAUAAGCGAAGUGGUGACGCACAAACUGCCGCUGUACUAUUACGAGGGAUUCUUCACAUACCUUUACGGCAUGAGUAUCCUGUUCCUGUUGUACGUCUUCUGCUUCCUCCUUCAAGAGAGCGCUUGCUGUGCGAGGGGAGGCGAUACGCCACCACCGCCACCGAGACCGCCCAAAUCUGGUUGGACCGCUAAGGAACCUAAGGACAAGAACAAGAAGAAAGAUAAGAAGGAAAAGGACCAGAAGCAGCCGAAGCAGACCAAAAAGGAAACUCAGGAUGCGACUGAUGUUGAAGCUGGUGUGGCUACACGAAUUUUACGGAAACGAAAGACUUCGCAAAAUGACCAUAGCCAUGGAAGCUUCUUCCUCAGAAUUGGUGCAAUAGCGUUUGGACUGGGUACUAUGGUAUACAACGGUUUGGAAUUCGGCGCGUUCUUCGAAGUGCCAUUUACAUCACCCUGCUAUCAGAUAUUACAAGGCAUCAAUCCGGUGCUGCAGAUGAUCUUCACCUUUAUGCAGAUGUACUUUAUUUUCAUGAAUUCUCGAUUGAACAUCCAUCGUUUUAAAGUCAUCGCUCGCUUCGGUCUGAUGCACGUGGUCGCGACGAAUCUCUGCGUAUGGAUACGCACGCUGGUUCUGGAGAGUCUCAAGGAGAUCACUCAGUAUCACAAAAAACUAGGCCAGGUUGAGGCGGGGAUUCUCGAGAGCAUCAAGCAGCACUCGAUGCGAAACGCAGGGGCCAUAUUGGGUACCGAGCCGCGCGACAUGGCACAAUUACGAGAGGCUCCUCUCACGGCCUCUUCGAGGUCGACGACCGUCGUGCCGACCAGCACGGUUGUGACAGUUGGCACUGCUUUGGGUCGCGUGAUGACAACGACAGCCAGAUCAAUCGCGGACGCGUUCACCUCGCCGUCUCCAACGUCCACCUCGACCACCUGGACAACCCCGUCGACGACGACGCCAUCAACCACCACCUUCGCGUUGCCUAAUCUGACGACCACCACAGCGACAACCCUGUCCACUAUCCUGACCACGUUCACCCCAUCCACCACCAGCACCACCACCACUACCACCACCACCGAAAGAAUCACCACUAUCCCGACUACAACGAGCACCAGCACCACCACGACUAUCACGCCGUCCACUACCACAUUUUGGUCGCAAAUUAUGGAGCUAGUGAGCGCGCCGCAAAGUGACAUGGAUAACCAAGUACCGCAGAUCUUUGAUGUGAGUAACUUGACGAACAGCAGCGAGUAUUGGAGCCCGAACUUGGGUAUCUACGCGGAAGCUCUGACGGAGGAUGGCACAGUGUCCAAUUCGUGCGGACGCGUCAAUAUCAUGGGAACCAUCGUGCAGGACGCGGCGCCGUAUCUAUUUCCAUUCAUAAUAGAGUACAGUUUGAUCGGGGCGGCAGUGAUCUACGUCAUGUGGAAGCAUAUCGGCCGACAUCCGCGUUGGCCCCAUUUGGCAGAGGCUGAUCUUGAACGUCGUCUGGAGGCUAUGCUAUCUCGAAGAGCUGUCGCUCUUGCUCAUGCAGGUCACACCAGAGUCGAUUGCGUUGGAGCGAGCAAAGGUCUCUUCUGCGGUCUGCUUCUUCUGGUUGGUUCCCUGAUAUGCCUGAUACUGUUCUUCGUGCUGAUCCAUCAUCCGGAGCUCGGAUUGCUCGCGAUUUAUCUCGCUGACGUGUCUCACUGCGUUUUAAUGGCGCUAUCCAUCAUCGCCAUAAUCAUCGGCUUCAUUCGCGUGCAGAGCCUCAAGUUUAAGGCCGAGGAGCAGAGCGAUCUUAAUGACAUCCUCCUGCGCGUCUCCGCCUUCGGUCUCUUCGUCUAUGCCGUCUUCAGCGUGAUCGCCGGUUCCUUGGCAGCCUUCACGCACGAGCCGAAUCUGCUGGUGAUGGUGACAGGAUUGCUCUCGGUCGCCCAAGUCGUCCUUCAGAUGCUCUUCAUCGCUGAUGUGUCGCGCAGGCGAGUUCACCUGCCGGAGCACGAUCGCAGCAAGCCCGGCAGGCAGAUAGUCACUUUCCUGCUGAUCUGCAAUGUGACCAUGUGGGUGAUCUACACUUUCGAAACCCAGAAGGUUAUUGCCAAUCCGGUGCAGCUUGAUUUCUACGGAUUCCUCGCUUGGGCCAUUGUGCAGAGGAUCACCCUGCCGCUGUGCAUCUUCCACAGGUUCCACAGCGCCGUGACGCUGGCCGAGAUCUGGAAAACUAGCUACAAGGCGCGUCUGGAGUAGACGAGCGGGGAGUCUCGUCAUAGUCAAUCGUCCGGAGUGGUCGUCGGUUGGAAUAACGAAGGAGCGAGCACAAGCAGGUCAGGAUGCUCGACGAUCUCGAUCACGUACAUCGACUUCGGGUCUCGAAAAAAAAGGUGAAGAUUGAGAAGAAAGGAGGAAAGAAAGAAAAAGCGGAAAAGAUCAAUUGAGAAGAUCGACGGACGGAAAAAAUUGGAAAAAUGAUGGAUCAGCCGGAAUAAUCCAACAUAUUCAGCGUGUCCAAUACGCUCGUUGCACGAAGAAAUCUUCGGAUGAUAUUCAAGUCGUUGAUAAUUGUUGACAGUUCCAAGAAUUCAAGUUGGGAAGUUGAAGAUAUAUCUCGUUGAGAAAACCCUUUAUCGACAUCUGAAGAGACGCUUCAGUGAUACGCUCAAGGUCGAUCUGGACAUCCUCGAAGAGGAGCUAUCGCGUAAAGUGGAGCCAGACAUGAUUGUGCCGAGUCGCAAACUGUUUCUUUGUCUCCUUGUUUUACGUACGUUAUAUUUCUUCCUUUCUUUUUAUUAUGUUCUCAACAUUGGUCAGUAGAGAUAACAGGGAGAAGGACGGAUCAAUGACAACCUGGACGAUCGACAAAUCUUGUUAAUCAGACAGGCUUUCGCCGCAACUUCGGCGUAAACGAAGCACAAAACAACAAAAAUGUUUAGCGCAUACGCAUUUUCCUUCACCGCGUUUUCUCACCUUACACGAUCUCUAUAUACUGCCACCAAAUUUUCUACUUUUAUAUUAUAUGUACCGUAUAUGUACCCUCGCCCCAUUGUGCAUUAUCAAGAGCAUUGUAGACAAUUCGGUUCACUCGUGGGGAUUUAGAUUGUUCGAUAUUUCCUGGAAUUUCUAUUAUUUCAUUCAUUAUGUCGGAUAUGUCGGAUAUAUCGCUGUGAUAUACUUUUUGUGAAAAACUUGAGUCGGCGUUGGGCGGCGAAUCUCCUUCUAUUCAUACAUUAACGUAUAUGUUUAACUAAAUACUUGAUAUUUUUAUAAAUCGAUAUUUAGCGGACGAGAUUAGCCUCUAAGUUUAUCGUGUUUGGUUUACGCUCUCCGAUAUACGUAUAUCUUAUGAGACGUUAAUUAAUUCGGUAAUCAGAAUUCAUCGUAUCAAACAAUUAACUGGCUGUCGAAGCGAACGGCUUCGUUUCUACACUUUAUCGAAAUAAUUGCGCGAUCGUAAAAUCGAUGGUCGUGAAUGGUCGUGAUUGUGCAUUCUUCGCAGUCUAACUGACGAAAUCUCAAAAGAGGCUCGACGAAGAACAGGGUAAUUUCGCGGCGUUGUUCGCUUAACGAAAGCAAAAAUAGAGCGACGUUUCGGCCUCGCGAAAAAUCCUCUCGUUCUCGAAACACUUCACCCAAGACGCGAGUGCUUCCUCGCAUUCAAGAGCGCGCAAUUAGCGAGAGAUCCAUCCCUUCAAAAGGGAUCCAUUUGCACCCGUAAGAUCUCUUUCAUUGUUUCCCGUUGCGUGCCACAAAGUACAAAAUUGUUUUGGAAAUUUUUCGAAUAUUUUACUGUUUAUCAACAUUUUUUCAACAUUCGCGCACUUCGAAUGAACACGCCGAAGACAUCGCGCAAACCUUCGUCGUAUCUUCAUCGCGAGCAGUUGGCACACAUUUAAAGAACAACAUUGAACGAAAAAGUCAAUGAGGAAGGAGACCCGUGUUCGAGGCCAACACGAGCGAUUGUGUACAGAGAGUAUUUCGUUUCAAAACUCGUCGAGUACUGAAUGGAGCAUAUACUCGAAAAGUUUUCGCGAAUGUAAGCGGAAGUUACGUUCUAUGAUGCAGAUUGUGUGACUAAAACGUACGUAAGAGCGGCGCGAAGGAAGUCAAUGAUGACUUACGUCAAAGAGGCUUAUUUUCGUCGAAAAGCGAUCUCGUACGUGUUUGUCCUUUCAAUUAAAUAUUCUCACAGACGGUACGAUGUUUGAACGUCAAAGAUGUCCAUUGUGAAUGGCUUAAUUCUUUGAGGGGCGACGGUGCAGCUUGUGUACUUCAUGUAUAAGUCACAGUAUAAUGUAUUUAGGUGCCACGACAUUUGUGCGUUUCUAUGUUGGUGCGAUGUGGUUUAAUUUGUGAACUACAGUGCCUAAGUUUCACUCUCUAGUACUGCUUCUCUUUCGGAGAUCUUGCACAAAAUACGCUGACUUUCUCGGGCCCCUGAAAGAGUUAAGGAAGAGAACUUCGGGGGUAGAAAAGAAAGAACGAGAUUUAUAAUCGGUACAGGCGAAUAGAGGAGCUCGCACACCACUCACGAAAUAUAAGAGGUAAUUAUUCUCAUCAUUAUUGAUUAGUGUUUAAGCCUAUCUCGAAGAGAUAUCGAUCUUUCGCAUUUACUUCGCUAUUGAUAUCAUAUGUAGAUCGUUGAGAAAAGAUAACGUUCAUCGUAUAGAGACUAUACUUUGUGAAUUCCUCCACAAUCCUUGUGAAAAUACUCCCUUUCUCCUAAGAGUAAAGCACAACAUUAAAUUUUAUUUAAUAAAAUUUAUACUUAACGCGUAAAUUUUAUUAAGUAGAACUUUCUCACGCGAUGAGAAAAACAAUAAUAUACAAGACACACUCGAAAUCCUGACGGAAAUCAUAAUUGUACACCAGUCGACGUCUUUAGCUUUCGAGUCUAAAUAUUUUAAUUAUUAGAAAUAAUAUAAAUAAUAAGUAAUGCGCUCGUGCGCGAAAUGAAAAAAAAUGUUAUUGCACCGCAAACAACUGAAGCAGUUACAACCGUUAAGGAUCGAUUAAACAUAAUUAUAAUCCAACAUUAUUAAAAAGUAAACACAAUAUAAAUAUAUAUAGAUAUAAAUAUAUAUAUAUAUAUAUAUAUAUAUAUAUAUAUAUAUUAUAAAGACUCUUGUAUUAAUUUUCAUGUGCGCAACUGUAGUUGGAGUGUUGCGUGCAAAUGUAAAUAAUAAUAAUCACUCUUUGUCAGCAAAUUAUUCAGCAGAGUGUCUGUGAAACGAACGUCAUUAGAUUGCCAAUAGAUUGAGGAUUAAGCUUAAACAAAUUUUUAAUUUUUUAGCUGUUAUUCUAAUUAAUUACUCAAAGUAUAUAAGCUGAUUUUUCCAGAAUUAUACAUGUGGCAAAAAGUACAUAAUAUACAUUUUAACUUAGAAAGAAAAAAUAUAUAUAUAUAUCAGUACAAAGAUUAUAAAAUGCGUAUGAACUUCUAUAAAUCAAAACACUCAUGCAUGUCUCAUACUUCAGUCAUUAUAGAUUUGAUUAGAAAAAAAGUGUAGGUGAAUCAGCUUGUAUGGGCGAUAAUAUGCAAUGCUAAUUAACACUAAAUUGAUAUGUUGGUCUAACAUCACGCUAAAUUGUCAAUUGUGAGAACAGAGUUUGUGAAAAUCGUCACAACUCUGUGAAAAUUUUAAUUUUUUUGCAAAUAUCUGUGAACCUCUUCGUUUCGUCGACACUUUGCGCGAUCACAUCAUAGAAGGGACAAAAUCACGACACAACAGCAUAGUAAAAGAUCUCAUUGCGAGAAUUAAAUUAAUUAACAAGGCACUGCCACACCGGACCAACAAAGCCGAAACGAAUGACAGAAGGGAUUCUGAAAGGAAAAGAGGAAAGACACGCGCAAAUGCAGAAAGAGAACCAAUAAUCCUUUAUCAAUUUCCCGUAAAGAGAAAAACUAUAAAGAAGAUAUAUAUGAAACUAAAACGUUUCCAGACCCUUCCACGUUUAAAGAGUGUGAACGAGUGCGUAGUUCCAAUAUACGUAUGUGUGAUUAGAGAGUGAGAAAAGAAAAAAAGAGAGAAAGAGAGCGAGAGAGAGAGAGAGAGAGAACGAGAGAAAGAUAGACAAAAGGAGAAGAAGAACGGAAGAAUACUUGAAACGUUUUUCUUCGGCAAACAACGUCUUUGUAUACUCUACCCAUGUUGUAAGGAGAAAAAAAACCACGAUUCUCUUGUAUAUGUACAUCAAUAUCUCGAUAGUAGCCGUAAGCCUAAUUAGUGAGUCGCGGAUUUGCGAUAGGACUAACGAAAUGAAUGCAAUUAAGAUUCGCCCGAUUUAAUUACGAAUUGUGCGCGAUUGCGUUGAUUUAAUUUUUGUUCGCAGAAUCAUUGGCAUUGCAAAUUUAUUGCAAAUUCGCGCCAUUUUAUAAAUUUUCAUUUUCAUAUAAAUCGCAUAUUUAUCAUAUAUAACUAUAACAGCAUUAUAAAUAUGUUCAAAUAAAUCGCACGUAUGGUACCCGACAUUGUGUAAGCAAUCAGAUUUUCUUUCGUAACAGUGUAUUCCAAUUACGUUCCAUAUUUAUUGAGACGAUAGCAUGUUUGCAGCAACUUCGUAUAUACUUCUAUAAGUUCACCAAGUCGCGAAUCCGCCAGAAACAGACGAAAAAAGGAUAAGAGAGGACAAUUUGCAUAUGCAUGCGCGUGCCGGAAGCAAAUCCGCGACGCAUUAUUAUUUAACAUAAUGUAGUGAGUUUUCGAUGUCUUCGAGUAUAAUUACAGUUUGUACACGUAUACACGCAGUUUUAAGCAACAGAACAUACACACCAACACAAACACACACAUACACACACACACACAUACAACAUACACGCGCGCACAAGUGGCAUCACUCAUGGAUUUACCAGAGACACAUCAAGAAGGAAGCGAGGACAAUGGAAGGCACAGAACGGAAGAAGUUAACGUUUCGUCGGAACAGGCGAUAAUGACAGACGGAACACAAAGAAAUAAAAAAUAAAAAUAAAAUACAGUAAAAGUAUAAAUUACAUGUUGUGGUGUAAGCAGUUCUUCGAAUGUCGAGUAGCGACGAAUACGUCUGUAAAUUCAUAAAUUCGCUCAUUCAUCGAUUCCUAUUUUCCAUUGUAUACCGUUAAAACCAGUUUCAUUGUGACCCGAGUUACAUCGUUGCCGCAUCAUUUGUAACGAUACACGAUUAUAUUGGUUAAUAAAAGUUAUCUAGACGUAA